CCGUAGAGGAAGCUAAAAAGGUCCAGAAACAGCACUUUCUCUCCCGGAUGCAGUUUUGCAGUGAGCGCCUCUCCGGGGACGGCAAGCUAAAACGAAUUUUGGACACUUUGGACCCACACGUCCGCGCUUUUGUCCGGGAAGCGAAGCGCUGGUUCCAGCAGCGGAAGCGGGAGAUCGGGGGCUUCAAACAGCAGGGAUUGAACGGGAUCUCUAUCACUCUGCUCGCGUUAUUUUUUCUCAAACACGGUUCGGGCUACCGCAGCGACCCGAUCAUGCGAAACGCGCUGCUGGCUCCCGGUAGCAAGAUGAGAAAAGCGGCACACAAACUGCGGAAAGAGGCUGGAAUCGACAUGGCAAGCAGAGGAC